UCGGACUAUCGGUUGAUUGUUAAGCUCAGGCGUCGAAUGAUAUGAAAUAAGUAUUUACAAGGGAUCGAUGUUGGUGGCCAAUGAACCGACCGCGAACGUGAAAUUAUCUGCUCAUCGAAGUGUUCUCUCAAUAGAUCCAUUGAUUGAUGAGAUGUGUGGCAAGUGGCGCAGUCUUGUUGAAACCAAAUGUCGUCGAGAUCACGAGCUUCAAUUUCAGGCAUCAAAUCGUCGGUUAUCAUGGCGCAAUAAUGGGCGCCAUUGACGUUUACGUUCUCACAUCAUUUUUGAAGAAAUAUGGAUCGAUGAUUCCAUUGGCCUGUGUUGGACAUGGUCUAUUCGGUCAAAAUUAUCCAAUAACGAAUGCUAGGUCUCAAGAUAGGUGAUGGUGUUGCGAAUAAGUCGAGUGAAUGGCGCGAAACACAUUCUUUACAGAACGUAAACUUUCGUAAAAACAAUACUGAACAAAAAUAGCAAUAUACGACUAUUGAAAAAAGUACCUCUACUUACAUCACCCUUUCUCGAAAAUAAGCGAUAUAUCUUAGUACUGAAAUAUAAUACAAUCGUCUUUGUAUUAUCGUAAGACACUUAAGUUUCGAACAUCUUGCAACCCUGUGUUACACAAUUCUCUUUUCGAUUUCUUGUUUUUUCUCUGUAACUCCUUUGCACAAACCUUCAAAGCAAUAAAAUAGAAAUUUUUUGUCUGAAAAUUUAUUGUUAUUACUUGAGCUCAACAAAAUUAUGCUUCUUAAAUAAAUAAACGGCAAUUGGACACAUAUUGUUUGCAAAGGAAGUGACUAGUCGCACGUCGAGACAGUGGUCUAAUGGUGUUGAUCAGUUGUGUAGCGAAGCAUGGGCUGUAAACCUAGUCGUCCGAAUAGAAGGAGAGGUGGCAGUAGAGACACUCACUCGAAUUAUUCCAGCACAGAGUCCUGUGGUUGCUGUAAUCCAGAAUGUCAAGUAACACAACAACACGGAGGCGGAAGACAUGGCUCGCGCGCUCAAAGCCAAAAUAGAUACGAAGCGCCACCAUUAUGCCGUUCACAUACCAAUGUGUGUUUAAGUCCGUCCAAGUGUCAUCUCAUAGCGACGCGUGUGGUCAUUUGUAAGAAGAGUCCCAAUUAGUAUGCGGUACGGUGAAUACUGCGAUACAAGAUUCAAAUGUUUUGGUUUAAAAUUUGAAGUAUUUUCAAAAAGGAAAUGUCAAAGAAACAUUUGGGAUUUAAAAGAAGAUUGAAAAAUAUGUUUCGAUCAAAAUUUCUGUCGUCAAAAGAGAAAAACGUAAAUCGUAAACAAAAUUAAAUAGUGCAAUUCCAUCGGUUGUGGUUAUAGAACGGCGGCCCGCCAAAGAAAAGGCUCUUCAGACUACGCAACGCAAGCUGAAGUGAGACUGUUAAGAAAUGGGUGUUGUCGGCAGUAACAAUCGUCAUGAUCCUUAUCGUUCACCAUCGCCUCAAAACUAUCAGUAUUACGAGCAACAACGACCACAGCGGCAUAAUCGUGAACACUACAAUGUGUCAGGAAAUGUUAGCGAAGCUAGUGCAGGUCCACACAUCGUUGUGCCCGCCACUCCGUAUAUAGACCGACCGAGCGAAUAUGAGGUAAGGCAACGUCCGUCGCACCGAGUACAAAAGCAACGCCCACCGAAACCCUUACACAGCGGCGCUGAUAUGUGUGUGCGCGAAUAUGGCAUUAUGGCGCUGCCACCACAAGCACCGAUAGAAACCUCAACACCAAGAGCGCCACUGCGACCUCCACCACCACCAACAAUACAGCCACAACCGCAACAGCAAACAGUGCGCAAUCCGAUUGUACCGUGUAAUUGCAAAGCCUGUCGCGAAAGAGAUGAGAAAUUAGCAGCAUACGCCGCUGGUCCAUCAGCCGCGGCCACCACAACUUAUGUGUCACCUAUUGAAUUCUCGCCAACUCCAGCUGUACCGAAGCGCAAUGUCUGCACCACCGACAAAUCAUGCAACUCAUGUACAGGCGGUAGUAGCCGCUGCGCGCAGUCACCACAAACAGCGACCUACUCAGCGGCGCACAGCACAGCGUUCGACAGGAGCUUGAAUGACACAAGUCGUGAAAGGAGUCGUAGAAAUUUUUGUGAAUAUAAGGAUGAUACUUAUGCAAAUACGUCAUCUAGAAUGCAUCAGGCUGCCGUACUAAAGGAGUCCCAAACACCCCAAUUCAGGGAUGAAGAUUAUCCAAUGACUUCGACACGCAUACACCAGGAUUCUUUGCUAAAUGAAACUCAAACACCCAAAUAUAGGGACGAACCUUAUCCAAUUACUUCGACACGCAUUUGUAACAAUACCAGCGCAAGGGAAAGUCAAGCGCACAAAUUUCAAGAUGAAACUUAUAUAGAUACCUCCACGAGAAUGCAUUCGAGCACCAUGCAAAAUCAGUCAACGAAAGCCGCGCAAAUGUGCUGCGAGGACAGAAUGACACCAAGUGGUGGUGCUACUUCAGAUGAGGUGUCAGAUUUUCAUCGUGAAUGCUUGGAUGCACACAAUAGAUUUCGGGCUCGACACCAGAAUUGUCCACCUCUAUCACUGAACAACGAAUUGUGUAAAUAUGCGCAACAAUGGGCUAAGCAUCUGGCCGCUACAGGCCGUCUGGAGCAUCGGCAAGUGCAUACAUAUGGAGAAAACUUGUACACAUCGCGUGGCAUGGAGGUGAAUGGCGCUACAGCGGUACAAAGCUGGUACGAUGAGAUACGCAACUAUGACUUCUCGAAAGCUACCUACAAGCCGGGCACUGGACAUUUUACGCAGAUUGUUUGGCGUGACAGUCGACAAUUGGGUGUGGGCUUGGCGACGAGAGGUGACACCACGUACAUUGUCUGCAAUUACAAUCCACCUGGCAAUCUUUUGGGCAGUUUUGACAGUAUGGUGCCACCGUUGAAGUGAAGCAUAAAUUAUUCCAAAUAAAAAAAAUUUAUAUAAUAUAUAUAAUGUGAUAAAACUUAGCAACUCAAUUUGGCUGAGAAAUGCAGUAAGGUGGUACUGCAUUUGUACUGUUAUAAGUGUUUCAAUAUUAUUAUUUAUUAUUAUAAUUUUUCAAUUUAUAACGGUACAAUUGUUGUAUCAUUUUACUGCAACGCAUUGUUUCAACAGUAGUACACUCUCGAACAAUUUUAGGUGAAAGCGCCAAUAGCAGUAAAUCUAUAUAAAUAAGACAUAUUCUAUACUACAAUUGUAUAUAGCUCUUAAAUAUAUGAAAUCUUUUAUACAAUAUUAUGACACCAA